UCGCGUCGCGUCGCGUCUGGGCUCGUCCCGUCCCGUCAAAUCAAGUUGAAUCGCGAGGUUAUUUGCGGAUUUACGGAUAUCAAAAUCAGACAGCGGUUCUCUUGUAACUCACUUCACAAUGUCACGCGGUUAACGAAUAAAAGUGCGCAACGUUUUACGCUGAAGUGGCUGUUACAACGUCAGUCUAACAUGGAUUAAAUCAUGCUGAUGGACGAGCAGAGCAGUUCUGUAGGAGAGGAGGGCUCUAGAAAGAAAGGUGUGCUCUAUCGAUGGCAGGGGUAUUCCUGCAGUGUUACCCCAGAGAGACUGGUCCUGUCCAGACCAGUGAUUCAUGCUGCAUUGGGGACGUUACAUGGACUUCUGCUGACGGAAGAUGGGGAUGUUUAUAGUUUUGGCGAGCAGCCAUGGAAACGAGCCGAUUCUCAGCCUGUCAACCCUGUUUUAGAGAGCUCCCUGAGCGGUCAGCGUGUGAUAGCUGUGUCGGCAGGCAGCUAUCAUUGUUCUGCUGUAACUGAAGAUGGCCUUGUUCACAUGUGGGGGGAGAAUUCCCAUGGACAGUGUGGCAUCUCUGGAAUGGACCAGGUACCUAAUCCCACUCCUGUUAGCGUGGUGGAUGGUGAGAACCAUCCUCCACAACUGGUCAGAAUCCUGAAUGUGGCUUGCGGAGCGCAACACACUCUGGCCCUGUCAGGGAAGCACGAGGUCUGGGCCUGGGGAAGUGGCUGCCAGCUGGGACUGGUCACCAAUGUGUUCCCAGUAUGGAAACCUCAGAAGGUGGAACACCUAGUGGGAAGAUACGUGGUUCAGAUAGCAUGUGGGGGAUUUCACAGCCUGGCUUUGGUUCAGUUUCUUCCUCCCCAUGAGUCCUGUCAGCAGUCUCAGGAUAAAUGUGGACAGUGCAAACAGAGCCUCUACACUAUGACUGACAAGGAUGACCAUGUUAUUAUUUCUGAUGACCACUACUGCCCACUUGGGGUGGAACUGGCUAAUUCUAAACAAGAUCUAAGAUCAGGACAAAGUUCUCCAGCUCAGACACCACAAAACAAAAACAUUGUGUCUGACUUCCAAGUAUCCCCGUUGACAUUUGAGAACAUCUGUGCAGCACAGGCAUCCUCGGACAGUUCUCUGCAAAAUGAUACAACGCAAGAACAUCAACCAGGCCCUGCUGAGCAAGUACCUCUACGACGAACAAAAAGCAAUCCAUACCCUGAUGAGCAGGCUCUAAAAGACUACCUCAAAAGAAUUUCAGACCAGACCCUCGCUGAGCAGGCCGAGGCCGCCUUAGUGGGAAGUUCCCAUCCUCCGAGCCGUCAGACAUCACUUACAUGCCCUUUCAGAUCUGACCAAAGUGAAGAGCUUACACUACUUCCUUCUUCACCAACACUUAGUAGAACUGAUGGUAAUACACCUGCUGCCAGACAACAAAGUGCAUCAAAUGCUAUUACAGACCAACAGUGUUCUCUCAGUUUAUUACCAAUAGUGGAUUCUACUUCUGAUGACUCUUCACAGUACUCUAGUGUUGAUGGAGGUAUUUGUCUCAGUGACCUCGUAAUGAGCAGUGGUUGUUUAUUUGAGUCCUGUGAGGAGGGCAGAGUCACUGCCAAUUCUCUCCAAAGCAAGAAGAGCAUGAGUCUUACUGACAUCAAGUUAGAGGACAGUGAUGCACAUGAUCGCAGAGAGUCUUCAACUGGCCUUUUCUCUUCAGUUUCACCAUCUGACAGUCAUGGAACUGACCACACAAGAGCUGUAGUGGGUUCCGUGACAACAACCUCCACCUCUGAAUCCAAAAAUCUCCUCCCCUCCCUCUGCACUGAGGUGUGGAGUUGGGGGAGGGGCCAGGAAGGUCAACUAGGUCAUGGAGACUAUUUGCCCAGGUUACAGCCUCUUUGCAUCAAGAGCUUAAGAAAAAAGGAAGUUGUCAAGAUCACUGCUGGAGCAAAUCACUCCUUGGCACUGACAGCUCAAUGUCAGGUUUAUUCAUGGGGAAGUGACAAAUUUGGACAGCUGGGUCAUAUGAAUGCUCCCAGCACAGUUCCUAAUCUUGCUAAGAUUUCCGACGGCAUCUAUGUGUGGGACGUGGCAGCAGGGCAAACUCACACUUUGCUGUUAGCUGAUGGAGAAUGUUAUCAGCCCAUACUUUACUACAGCGGAGAACAAGUGCUGGAGAACACCAACAGCUCUCAUCCCCUCUCUGGGACAUACACCCAAACGCCCACCCUUCUGCCCUUCUGCAUGAAUAUUGGGUAUGUAAGCAGUGUGUUUGGAGGAGGGCUGAAUUGUUUGGCCUUGGCCGAUCAAAACGCAAUGGGUUUCAUAGCCACAAUCCAUGAGCUAGCUUCAGCCGAGAGAAAAUUUUACUGCACUCUCAGCAAGGUGAAGAGCCAAAUACUGGGCCCCCUACUGUCCCGUGAGAGUUUGGCCUUGUCUCUGGGACAGUCGUCCAUGUUGCUGUUUCAGGAGAUGGCUGGUAGUUUCAACAAGCUUUGCCAUCUGACAGGACAGCACUCAAGAUCCCUCACUGACUUCCUGCAGCAAGGCAAAGUGAUCAAAACCCUGGCCUUGGUCAAGAACACAGCCAUUUUCAUAGACACCUAUAAAGAGUACAGCGAUCUAGUAGGAAACUUUCUUGUCAUGGGAGGGUUCCAGGCAUUGCUGAAGCCCUUACAAGGAUGCUUUGGGAAAAAAUUGGAGUUGUUACAGGCACUGAUGGAGUCAAAGGGGAAAACUCUGUCACCCAGUGACCUCUUAGUGAACUUGUUCUACAUGCCUUUGCAGCAUCUGCAUGGGUAUAACAGAUUACUUCUGAAACUGGCUAAUUGUUUUGAAGUGAACACUGCGGAAUACCAGUGUAUUCAAGAUGGCUGCUCUAAAUAUGAAGAUGUAACUCGUCUUCUCAGCAAACAAAGAAAAGAUGCUGAGACCACUUUCAUUUUCUGGAAAAACUUUAAAGGAAAGAAUUCGGAAUCCCUGCGAAAGCCGUCUCGUCGUCUGGUUUGUGAGAGCGGUAAUAAAGCUCUGACAUUACAGUACGCUGGAAGAUUCUCCGUCAGCUGGUUUAUCCUCUUCAAUGACAUGUUGGUUCAUGCACAGGGCACUAUUCCAUCAAAGAAGCUUUUCUCAUCUCACUAUGUCUAUCCACUCGCAACAUUGUGGGUGGAGCCCAUCUCAGAUGAAAGUGUAGGCUUACUUGGCCUUAAGCUGACAACCCCUGAAGAUAGCUUUGUUGUUCUGGCGUCCUCACCUUUAGAAAAGGGGAAGUGGCUGAGAGCCAUUAACCAGGCAAUUGAUGACUUGCUUGCUGCGGGUCUGAACGGAAGGACUCAUGUGUCCAGAGGCAGCCAGAAAGGUGAACCUCCUGUGUCCCGUACUGCAACCUACACUUUCAGCAAAGAGGGCAGACUCAAAGAUGCCUCAUACGUGGGCCGCUGGCUGUUAGGCAAACCUCAUGGCAAAGGGACUCUGAAGUGGCCAGAUGAGACAGUUUACUGUGGCACAUUCAAGAACGGGCUAGAGGAUGGAUUUGGAGAUUAUAUGGUGCCCAGCAAAACCUUGAACAAGUUUGAGCGUUACCAGGGGCACUGGAAAGAAGGGAAAAUGCAUGGCUUUGGCACAUAUUGGUAUGCUUCAGGUGAGGUGUACGAGGGCUCAUUUAGGGACAACAUGCGUCAUGGACACGGCAUGUUACGCAGUGGGAAGAUGGCAUCUCCUUCCUCCAGUAGUGUGUUUGUGGGCCAGUGGGUCCAAGGGAGGAGAACAGGCUAUGGGGUGUGUGAUGACUUUAGCAGAGGCGAGAAAUACAUGGGAAUGUGGCUUGAUGACCAGCGUCAUGGAGACGGGGUUGUUAUCACUCAAUUUGGAUUGUAUUAUGAAGGAAACUUCUCUAAUAACAAAAUGAUGGGCAACGGGACUCUUUUUUGUGAUGAUGACACAGUUUUUGAGGGCGAAUUUUCAGAAGACUGGACUCUCUGUGGAAAGGGUGUUCUGUCCAUGCCUAACGGUGACUCUUUGGAUGGGAUCUUUGAUGGUCACUGGGGAGCCGGACUGAGAGUGGCCGGAACUUUUACAAAACCCUUUGAAACAUUGAGGAGAGAAAACAAGAUGCCUGUGGCUGGUCACAAUGCAGUGCCUGCACAGGAAAAGUGGAAAGCCGUGUUUGAGGAAUGCUGGGGUCGACUGGGCUGUGAAACUCCAUGUCAGGGAGUGUACGAGAAAGCCUGGGAGAACAUUGCCAUCUCCCUCACUGCCAGACGCAGACUGCAGAGAGAUCAUCCAGAGGAGCUGAGCCGAUCUCAGAAUAUGAUGCUGGAGAGUCUUGAGGUGAUUCCUCAACAUUUAUGUCCUAUUACUGCAGACUCUUUCAACAACAUACGACGAUAUCUUAUAAAGGCUUGUGAUACCCCUCUGCACCCGCUGGGCUGGCUGAUGGAGACCCUGGUCACUGUGUACAGGAUGACCUAUGUUGGUGUGGGCUCCAAUAGACGGCUGUUACAGCAAGCAGUGGAGGAGAUCCUGUCUUACCUAACACGCAUAUUCCAGUUAGUCAGGUUUCUGUUUCCUGGUGUUCCUGAGGAAGGAGGUUUCAUCCUGGAUUCAUCCAGUUCCUCAGAUGAGGGCACAGACUCUCUUAACAGCAGUACGCACUCAGAAACUCCCCAGCAGGGUUGGAUAGUGAGCAGCUCAAGUCUUCUAAUGCCAGUCUUGUUGCCGAGGCUUUACCCCCCUCUCUUCACUCUCUACACACUUGAGAAAGAGAGAGAGGAGGAGGUGUACUGGAACUGUGUGUUACGACUCAACAAACAGCCUGAUCUUGCCCUCCUAGCCUUCCUUGGAGUACAACAAAAGUUUUGGCCAGUUUCUAUCUCUGUAUUGGGAGAGAAAAAGCAGGUCUUGCCUAACACUAAAGAUGCCUGCUUUGCCACUGCUGUUGAAACCUUGCAACAGAUCAGCACAGCAUUCAGUCCUUCAGACAAGUUGCAAGUGAUACAGCUGACCUUUGAGGAAGUCACUCAGGAAGUGCAGGUUCUGCUUGGGCAGGAGUUUCUGUGGUGCAUGGACGACCUCUUUCCAAUCUUCCUCUAUGUGGUGCUCCGUGCACGAAUCAGAAACCUGGGUUCUGAAGUCAGUCUCAUUGAGGACCUGACAGACUGCAGUCUACAGCUGGGACAGCUUGGAUUCAUGUUGACCACUCUCAAAGCCUGCUACAACCAAAUUCAGCUUGAGAAGACUACAUAGUGGGUUGUUUAUAAGAAGUGCAUUCACAGCUUUGCCAGGGAAUGCCACAGGUUUAUGGAGUAGGUGCCAUUUAAAUAGACGAGGAUUACAGGUCAAGCCAAGAUCUACUCAUUUAAUUCUGUUCUCAAAAGGGUGCUUAGUCUCUUCACAUUCCACUCAAAUCUCAUGUGCUACGCCGAUAAAAACAAUGACUCAUUUCAGAUUUGUUUUAUAUAUUUUGUAUAACAAAACAGUUAAGAUAAACCUUUGAGAAAAGUGUAUUUAAACUGAUUAUAUUCAUUGAAAAGGCUGAAACAAACUUUUUUUAUUUAUAAGAGGUCUUUCUCCAACCAGAAAUAUUCAAGCAGUCAGCAUGUGUUACAGUUAAAAGGUUAGUACAGUUUCAGUAAUAAGUAGGGGUACAUCAGUACUGAUGCUGAUACCAAUAUACAGUUAUCUAGAGUUGCACUGAUAAGGAAAUUUGAGGCUGAUACCGAUAGCAGGUUUUUUAACAAAGUGAUUGGCCAAUACAGAUCCUAUUGCCGAUCCAGUGUCCCAAUACAUUGUUAUACUUCAGAUGAAUUAAAAAAUAAUGUAUUUUUGUAUUAUGAUUAGCGUUUAAACUAUAGCCCCAAGCUACUCUUAACUGAACAACAGUGGUGGCCAAAAAUAUUGGCACCCUUGGUAAAUAUGAGCAAAGAAGGCUGUGAAACAAAAUCUGAAUUGUUUAUCAUUUUGAUCUUUCAUUCAAAAAGUUCACAACAAAUCUAACCUUUAAUUGAAGUAAAACAAUUGAAAGAGUUGAAAUAUUUAAUUAUUAAAUAAAUAUUUUUCUCCAAAACAUGUUGGCCACGAUUAUUGACACCCCUAGAAAUUCUUAUGAGUAAAAUAUAUCUGAAGUAUAUUCCCAUUCAUAUUUUACAUUUUUUAGUGCACCUGGGUGUCUAGGAACAUGAAAUUGUUCAGCCAUGAUUUCCUGUUUCACAGGGGUAUAAAUAUAAGGUAACACACAGGCCAAAUUCCCUUAAUCAUCAAUCACAGUGGGUGACUAAAGAAUAUAGUUCUGAUGUGCAGCAAAAGGUUGUUGAGCUUCACAAAAUGGGAAGUAGCUAUAAGAAAAUAGCCAAAGCAUUGAAAAUGCCCAUUUCCACCAUCAGGGCAAUAAUUAUGAUGUUCCAAUCAACUGGAGAUCUUAAGAAUCUGCCCGGAAAAGGAUGUGUGUCUAUAUUGUCUUCACGCACAGUGAGGAGGAUGGUUCAAGUGGCCAAAGAAUCUUCAAGGACCCAAGGAAAUUAGUUGGGUCUUGAGGUCAGAAAGUCUCAAAAGUCUUGGCACACACAGAGAUGAAGUAGUACCCAGUGCCCACGGUUAAAUGUGGUGCUGGAUCUUUAAUGUUGUGGGGCUGUUUUUCUGCCAGAGGACCUGGACAUCUUGUUCAGAUACAUGGCAUCAUGGACUCUAUCAAUACCAACAGAUAAAAAAUCUAAACCUGACUGCCUCUGCCAGAAAGCUUACAAUGGGCCCUGGUUGGAUCUUCCAGCAGGACAAUGAUCCAAAACAAACAUCAAAAUCAACACAAAAAUGGUUCACUGACCACAAAAUCAAAGUUCUGCCAUGGCCAUCCCAGUCCCCUGACCUGAACCCCAUAGAAAAUUUGUGGGGUGAACUGAAGAGGAGAGUCCACCAACAUGGACCUCUGAAUUUGAAGGAUCUGUAGAGAUUCUGUAUGGAUGAAUGGUCUCAGAUCCCUUGCCAGGUAUUCUCCAACCUCAUUAGGCAUUAGAGCUGUUAUCUUGGCAAAGAGAGGUUGCAAAAAGUAUUAAAUAAAAGGGUGCCAAUAAUUAUGGCCAAUGCGUUUUGGAGAAAAAAAUAUUAUUUAAUAAUAAGAUAUUUCCCCUGUUUCAAUUGUUUUACUUCAAUUAAAGGUUAGAUUUUUGUGAAUUUUUUGAAUGAAAGAUCAAAAGAUUUUUUUUCCCCCACAGACUUCUUUGCUCAUAUUUACCAAGGGUGCCAAUAUUUUUGGCCACAACUAUACAUGCAUGCUAUUUAAAAGGGAGCAAUAACUUUUUAAAUGAACUAUAUAUCUAUCAGAUUAUAUAGUUUAAUCAGAGCUGUAUUCAUCUGGUAAAGAAACAAGUGAGGGUCUUUAAAUGAAUGAACUUCUAAAUUAGGGGGACAGGAUUAAACUUGCACCACAGUAAAUACAUCUAAUGAAAUUAGAAACACCCUAAUUUACAUGUAUUCCAAUGCCUAAAACAUAGCAAUGAACAGCAGUAUUUAAUAAAAUAUUUUGCUAUAAAAUAUGUAAAAUGCAGGACUUCUACACAGGCACUCAAAUAAAUUAAUAAAUUGAAUUUAAAAUGGUCAAUAUGAACCAUUUGAACAAAUGAAUUCACUAAAAUGAACAAACUUUCCAAUGCUACCUGUGAGAGAGAGAGGACAUUCCAGGAGAGCAUGUUUGAUUAUUUCCUCCACUGACGGUUGUAAAGCUGUGUGUGCAACACAGUGCGACAAGUUUGACUGGAAAACAUACACUGUUUUGAAAACAGCAAAGUUACUGUAAAGUUUAUAGUGUCGUUACUUUUAGUUAGUUGCUUGUUAACACUGGUUAUGUUGUUUUCGUACUUAGUUACAGUGUCCUGUAUAUGAUGUUUAAAACAUGUUGUGAAAAGUGGCUUUAAAAAGUCAUGAACAAACAAAAAAACUAACUAACUAAAAACACUGUCCUUUGAUCAUUAUUUAACUGUACCAUAAAAUUACACUGAUAUUGCUUUUUGGAACUAUCGGUUAUCGGCAAAAAUCUAUGCUGAUAAUUGUUGAUAUUUAAUUUUUUUUUUAAUCUUUUUUUUUUUUUAUAUUCCUCAUCAAUAAACCUCAUCUGGUGAUAUAUAUAUAUAUAUCACCUCUAAUAUACUAUACCUGAAAAUUGCAGCUUUGCUUAAAAUACUGGUAUUGUUAUCGUUAAGUACCAAAACGGAACUACUGGUAGUCAGUGUUGUAAUCAAAAAAUGGUAUUGAUGCAUCCCCUGUAAUAACCAUCUUCUGGUUGUGUUACUGGUGUUGUGCUUGUUGCGAUUUUGCACAUUAUAAAGGGCUGUACUGCCUAGGAUUGAAUAUAUACUUUUUAAAUACAUUGGAAGUCUUGUGGUACAGGUAUUACAAUCUGUAACUAGAGGUUACAUAACAAUGUCACUUAAUCACCAACAUUUGAACAUGACUUGCAAAAUGUUUUCUGUACCCUCUGCUGUGUAUUCUGAUAUGGGCAGUUGUGAAGAAAUAAUGUAGUUCUAAUUGAAGUUAUUUUAUGACUUCCGGUUAUGGUGCAGUGCUGAGUAGUAGUAUGGUUUCACUUUCAGAAAUGUGGCUUUAUAAUGUGUGUAACUCUGAAACAUCCAAGAUAUUCUCAGAGGAAUAGUUUGCAUUUCAACAUGAAAACACACUGACAGGCCAAUGAAACACUACAUGAAGUUUUGUUUAGUUUUCAUUUGAACAAAUGAUGACAUUUUACUCCUACUGAAGUUUAUCGAAAAUUUAAGAGACAUAUUUUUAUAGAGCUAUUACACUGGAUGCUAAAGUAAUAUUUUAUAUUAAUUCAUGCUUAUUUAAUUUUUAAUCGACAUUGAAAAAGUGGCAUUCAAAACUAUGCAAGAAGGGAAUAAAUGACUAAACCAUAUUUAAACUUUAAAUGACAGGGCUCAGCAUGGAAUUUUUUUCCACUGGCAAAACUUUUGCAAUAAUUGUAACAUUUUGGUCAUUUCAUGAAUGUCCUUUAAAUUUAUUUCAAGUUAAGUCUGACACAGGUCAAAGACUUGUGUAAAACUAUUUUAUAGAUGCAGAUGUGAGUGUUCCUCUAAAUGAUUGCUUUGAAUAUUUUACUUUGCACUGAAAGAGUUUUGCUGAUAUGUUAUACAGUCAUAGUGUUAGGUCAAGCGGUCAACUGUUUUUUUUUUUGUUUGUUUGUUUUUUUAUGGCUAAUUCUGAUUGAUUAUUACUUUACACAAUUUUAAAUCAAAAUUAAUGAUAAACAUUGAAAACUGUAAAUUAUAAGCCUGCUAGUAGAUUUUGGAAUCAAAGUAGGAAUUAACUCUUGUUAAUCUGCAAAAUUAUCGACCGAUGGCGAUAAUCUCCAGUUGCCCAAAAUUGGCAAAAUAAUUGGUCUGCCAAUCAAUCACUUGAUAGGUCAUUCGCCAGGCUGGUUAAAAAGGCAUUACCUACGAAGAUCAUAUAGAAAGAUACAACCCUUUGUAAAUUAUAUUCACCCUUUUCUAUAUUGAAAGCACUACAACUAAACAUUAUAUGAUGUUUUAACCUGUAAACAAACAUUGUUUGUUUGUUUUUUAAUGUACAGUCAUUUCAAAUCAGAUGAUUGCAACACUCCAGAAAAGUUGGGACAGUCGAGUGUUUACCACUGAAACAUCACCAUUUCUUCUAAUAACACUUAUUAAGCAUUUGGGCACUGAAGACAGUUUGUUAAGUUUAGAAAGUGGAAUUUUCCCCCAUUCAUCCAUUAUGUAGGUCUUUAGCUGCACAAUUGUACGGGGUUUUGUUGAUGUAUUGUGUGCUUCAUAACGCCCCACAAAUUCUUAAUUGGAGACAGGUCAGGACUGCAGGGAAGCCAAUCUAGCACCCACACUCUCUGCUUACACAGCCAUGCACUUCUAAUCCGAGCAGUGUUUGAAAUUGUCCUGCUGGAAAGUGCCGGGACGUCCCUGGAAAAGAUGGUGCUGAAUGGCAGUAUAUGUUGCUCCAAAAAUGUUACAUAUCUGUCUGCAUUCAUGGUGUUCUCACAGAUGAGCGAGUUACCCAUGCCAUGGGCACUGACACACCCCUGGCCCAUGACAGACACUGGCUUUUGGACCUGACGCUAAUAACAGCUUGGAUGGUCCUUUUCCUCUUUGGCCCAGAUAACACGACAGCUGCUCUUCGGACCAAAAAAAACACAGUUCCACUCUUCUACUUACCAUCUAAGAUUAGACCGAGCCUGGAGAAGUUGGCAGCUCUUCUGGACAGGGUUGAUGUAGGGCUUCUGCUUCGCAUAGUAAAGUCUUAACUUGCAUCUGUGGACGCAGCGACGAGUGGUGUUGACUAACAAAGGUUUACUAAAGUUAUCCCAAGCCCAUGUUCAUGAUAUCCAUUACAGAUGAAUUACAUUUUUUAAUACAGUGACGUCUGAGGGAUCAGAGAUCAUGUGCAUUCAGAAGUGGUUUUCGUCUUGCCCUUUACGCACCGAGAUUUGACCAGAUUCCUUGAAUCUUUUAACUAUAUUGUGUACUGUAGAGGGUGAAAUGCCCCAAAUCCUUCCAAUUUGUCUUUGGGGAACAUUGUUCUCAAUGUCUUGGAUUAUUUGCUGAAGCAUCUGUUGGCAAAUUGACAAGUCUUGAACGAUCCUUGCUCUUGAAGGACUAGGCUGUUUUUGGAGGCUCAUUAUACAGUAUUCAGUACAAUGACACAAUUGCCUCACCUGUUUAACAUCUCCUGUUUCACAUAGCCUUGUUAUUUCAACUUGUCCAAUUGUUAUUAGUCUUAAACUGCCCCUGUCUCAGCUUUUUUGGAGUGUGUUGCAAUCAACUGAUUUCAAUUAUACAGUUAAUAAAUAGUGCCUUGUUUUGUUUUCCUUUUACUGUUUUCUAAGGUCUUAUGGUUUUUAAACUCACUGUACUGUCAUUGUUGACAUAACUAUUACUUUCACCUUGCAAUUGCAAAUUAAUUUGUAAAAGACAUUUCUGAGUUCUGUGUAUGAGAAAUGAAUGAUGUACUAUUUUUUUAAAAACAAAUUCUGAAAGACUACUUCGCCUGCUUUAAUAAAUUUUGUUUAACUGGGACACUAAACUGAUUAUUUCUUCCCCUCUGUCUUCUGUGUAAUUAUGCAUUCAUAAUAAUAAUAAAUAAUAGAGAGAUUAACUAACUAUGGACCAUCUAUAAUUGCAGGAGUUCAUGGAGGAGAGAUUAACAUUUUCUGUGAACUUUAAUUUACUCUAUAUGUGACAAAAAGCAUUUGGUUGUCAUCUGAACCCUGUCUGCAUAAUACAAUAAAACACUAUGAAAUAUGCAACAG